UUUUACAUAAGAUUUAAUGCCAUAAUGGAGUGGAACGGAAGACGACUCUCUCAGGCAACAAGCUGUUUUAAAAUAUCUCCGAUCAUGGCUCCCCUUCCUCCGGCUGCUCCAGACUCCAGAUCCACAGGAAAAAAAUACUAUCCCAGGAAGUAGUACAUGAAAUAUGGAGAUGCCUUCUUAUUCAGCCAGACUCCUGGGAGAACUAAAUGAGCAACGCAAAAGGGACUUUUUUUGUGACUGUAGCAUAAUUGUGGAGGGCAGGGUGUUUAAGGCACACAGGAAUAUUUUAUUUGCAAACAGUGGUUACUUUCGUGCCCUCUUGAUUCACUACAUUCAGGACAGCGGGCGACACAGUACCGCAUCAUUAGAUAUCGUCACUUCGGAGGCGUUCUCCCUCAUUCUGGAGUUUCUUUAUUCAGGAAAAUUAGACCUCUGUAGUGAAAAUGUUAUUGAAAUCAUGUCUGCAGCUAGUUAUCUUCAGAUGACAGAAGUGGUCAAUUUUUGCAAAAUGUAUAUUAAAUCCUCCUUGGACAUUUGCGUAAAGCAGGAGAAGGAAGACUCUUACAACACAGUGGAUAGUGGCAGUUGUAAUACUGUUGAAGAAGGUACAUCUCGCUUCAUAAAGAGUCAGGCCUCUUCUGCUGCAUCUGUCCCUACAGCUAUGGAGGAAGCCCAAAGUGCGGAUAGUCGGAAAGACUUUGCAUAUAGUGACUGUGGCCCCUGCCGUCCUGUAGACCUUGCCUUAAAAGAGCAAGCUGGAAGCAGCAGUAGCAGCUCCCUAGAUAAACUUAACACUUCACCCCCAAAACUGAUUGAACCAAAAGUGGAGUUUGAUCCAGAUGACAUAGAAACAGUUGAACGGUUCCAACAGUACCCUCCCUCCUCGUCUGUGGAACCAGUAGAAGAGGGGAUGCAUUCAGGACCGAACAUGGACCUAACUUGUAACAACUACCACAUGAAACAGUUUCUGGAGGCCUUACUUAGGAGUGGGACCUCCCAGCGAAGAGAGGACCUUGUGCAGCACUUUGCCCGGGGAUUGGGCAGCAGGUCAGAAGAAAGUGCUAUUACCAUGAGUUCUAUCAUGGACAUUCAGAGCGACUGGUAUGGAGAGGAUGCAGGAGAUGGUCUGAUUGUGCCAAUCAAACUGCACAAGUGCCCAUUCUGUCCGUAUACUGCCAAACAGAAAGGAAUACUGAAACGACACAUUCGUUCUCAUACUGGAGAGAGGCCGUACCCUUGUGAAACCUGUGGGAAAAGAUUCACCCGGCAGGAGCAUCUCAGGAGUCAUUCUCUUAGUGUUCAUCGAUCAAACCGCCCAAUUGUUUGUAAAGGCUGUGGAAGAACAUUUAUCAGCUCCCUUUCUCAAGGCUUGCGGAGGUUUGGUCUGUGUGACAGCUGCACGUGUGUGACAACCACUCAUGAGGAACCGAUACCUAUGAACCUGAGCCAGGUGGAGCCAGCGUCGGAGAGCCAGGAAAGGAGUGACACUGACCCUGACUGGCCUAUAUAUGUGGAGUCUGGAGAGGAGAAUGAUCCAGUGGGAGAGGACAACGAUAACAAGCAACAAUUACAUAGGAGCUUGUCCGAAGGAGAAGCUCUUAUUUAGCUGCCAAGAAGGCAGUUUCAUUCAUUUCCAUGUAAAGCAGACUACAAUCAGAAUUUGUAUUUCUGAUUAAACAGUCUACAGUUUCAAAGCCUGUAAACCACCUUUAAAACAAGUUGCAAUAGUUUCUAAACAUUUUCAUAAUGUAGUAAAUGUAUUAAGUAAGCAAAAAGUCAUCUUUGGUUUAAAAUGUCCUUCCAAUGGCUGUAAACUUUACGUUAACAAAGACUACCUAGCUCCUGCCCAUUGAGUGACAGAGAAUGGCUAGAUCAGUGUGGAACCUCCUUAGAAACGGUCCUAGAACAGUGAUUAGAUUCAUGGGAGACAGCUGUAUGGUGGUAACCGUAGCCUGAAACUCUCAAUGUCUUCUUUAUAACCAUACUAGUCUCUUUGCAGAAAGCUUAAUGUGGUGUUUCACACUGAUCAUUCAAAGUUACUGCCUUUCUGCUUAUUUUCAGUGUCAGUUGUGAUGACAAGUGGUUCUUGUUGAUUUUUAGUUUGCAGAACAAAAAAUCAUCUCUGUUUUAAAGUUAGUCUGUGAGAAUCAGGUUGUUUCGGGUAGGCAAGUAAUGAGAAAAACUUGUUACCUGAUUGGCCAUUCAGCACAGCAUACCAUAUUUACUAAUUAGUGUUAAGAAGUUGUAAUUUAGGUAUCAGUUUUAUUUCCCUCCCUAAAAUGAUAGAUCAUUAUUUUCCUGAACAGGAGCUGCGGGACUAUGGGAUGCAAAUGGAAUUUUGAAGCUGUAUAACUAACGGCAUAAUUUUACAUUUGCUAGCAAAACAGUUUGGGGACUUUUUUAACAAAUGUUUAUUUUGUUUUAUAUUUAUUAAUUUAAACAUUUUUAUGGCAAAUUGAAACCCACUUUGGGGAUUUAUCAUCAAGGACUGAGAUGCGAGUUAAAUCUGCCACAUUAACUUCUUGGCUGGAUGAUGCACUACAAUUUUGCAAACCAAAUAAUGUAGACUCUUCUAUAUACUCUGUAAAUUUCUUUUGGCUCCUAGGGAUAAACACUUUCAGAAGUAGCAUUUGAAGCACCACACUGCCUCUGAACUUUGUGUCACCUGCAAGAAAACGUGCACAAUCCAGGAUAAAUGGCUUACAGUUUACUAGCUCGUACGACAAUACAGAAGGAAGAGAGAUUUUAACUGUGAAGCAUCAGUAAACCAUGCAGUCUGUUCAGAGAUUUGAUAACUUUCAAAUGAAAAAAAGAAAAGAAAAAAAACAAUUAAGUUUUACUUGUAUCAUUGUCCCCUGCAAGAUGAGCACUCUUUACUAAAAACUUUUUUUCCAAGACCGAGAAAAACAUGUGAUCCUAUAAUUUGAGUUUAUGUUUCUGUACAAUGCUGAUACAGUCUCAGCAGAUGUUUUUCUUUCUUUCUUGUCUUGGCCUUUCUUGCUUUACAUACAUAUUUGCUGUCUUAUUUGUUUACAUUGCACAGAAAUCUCUCAUAGGGUUUAGAAUAUUUGCUCUAAUUCAUUGCAGAGUUACACAAGCUUUUAAUUGUGGGAUUAAUCUUUAUGAAUCUUGUUUUGCAGUUGUCCCUAAUGUAACAGAUCAGAGGUCAGUGUGAGCAGAGAUGUGUGUUUGAGUUCAUUAAUAUACAAACUACAAGACUACGAACUGUAGAAUAUUGCUGUCUUAACUACUAGGUGUAGACUUUUGUACUGCAGGUCACCAUAACCCACUUUUUCUUCAGCAGACAUAUUGGUACUCGAGUUUGGGUUAUGUGAGCUGUGCUGCCUGCUAGAUGACAUUUAAGUUUCAUAAGUGUCUUCAUCAUCAUCAUCAUCAUCAUGUGACUAGUUCUUUAUUCUAAGUGAUUGCGCAGCAUUCCUGUGCUGAGCCACUUCAGUAAUGUGAAAAACCUGAUAACACUUUUAGUAUGCAUCAGCAGAAGUGAUAAUUAAAAAAAGCUGCCCGUUGUACACUACCUUAAUUUCACACUGGUAUUUAGUGCUUCUUAAAUGAAAGAAAAUGAUUUUUUAAAUAAUCUGACACUUGUAUAGCCAAAGUGUGAAACUUGGUGUAAUGAAUUUAAUUUGUAUUUGGUAAUCACAUUAUAAUAAAUGAGGGUGGGUGGGAGAUUUGCGAAUGGUAAUGAAAUGGUUUAUAAUAUUAUGUUUGUAUAUAAGUAUAUAUUUGUUGUUUGGCAGUGACCUCUGAUUUUUGUAUGCACUACAGCCUGUGAAUGGAAGAAUAAUGCCCAAAAAACUGUUUCAGUGCAUGUGUUUUUGUUUCUGUUAGAAAAGGUAUCUUAAUAAGCAUUUAACACUGUAGCAGCUAGCAGAGUUAUUAAUUCUGUAAGGUCAAUAUGGAGCAAAGUAAACUGACCAGCACUGUUGUUUGACUUUGUACUCGGGUGACUGAAUGAGUACUGUUUGCGUUAGAAUUCCUAACUACCAUUCACCAUGGAACAGAGCUUAAUUCAUACAGAAUAUCCAGAAAUAUAAGAAAUAUGAUAGCAUGACAUACUGUAUAUCUCAAAUUCAUGGCCAGGACCUGAAUGGCUUGUUUUGUGUAGUCUGUGAUGUAUGAAUUGUAAGUUUCAUGUGCAAUUACAGUGUUGUAUGCAGUCGGAUGUCACCUGCAUCAAAGCAGUUGUGAUAAAAUUGCAAAAGUUAUUGGUUAGAACAUCCGACUCGGUUAACAGUUGCUGUGUCUAAACCGAUUUUAAUUACUUAAUGUUUAAGUUCAUCCUGUCUGACCACCAGCUAAAUGAGGUUUUGAUAAAAUUACAAAAGUUAUUGAAGUUAGGACAUUCGACUCAGUUAACAGUUGCAGUGUCUAAACCCAUUUUAAUCACUUAAUCUUUAGGCUCAUCCUGUCUGACCACCAACUAAAUGAGGUUUGCCUUUUUUUUUUCUGUAACUGAGUUUUGUGGUAACGUUUAUACCAUACUGUUAACAGAUUUUGAAGUGACUUAGUAACCAUUUCAGAUUGCUGACUACAUUCCAGUUACAAAUGUGUGCUGGCCUCUAUUAAAUAAAUGACCACUUUUAUACUGGGCUUUAAUCGCAUAUAAAAAUUAAUGUGGGAACUUA